AUGAGUAAGAAAGUUAAGACUAAUACUAAUACAGUAGCAGCCCAAUUACCUUUAGUUAUUAAGACUGGUAAGUAUUACGUAGGAUUUAGACAGACAAUUAGUUCUUUAAUUAGUGAAUCAUGUAAGUACAUUGUACUCACUAAAAACUACCCAAUUCUUAAGAAGAUGCAGUUGGAGUACUAUGCUUCCUUAGCUGGUAAGGUUCCCGUUUAUAUGUUUGAUGGUUCAAACCGUGAUUUGGCUAAUUUAUGUGGGGCUGAGUUUAGAAUGGGAGUUAUCUCUAUUUUAGAUGGUGGUGAAGCUGAUCUCUUACAGUGCGAAUAA